AUGGAUUCUCACACGCUCCGUUCCUUAGCGCUGCGCAUCGCACCUGCAAACACCAGAAUACUAUGGAUACUCCAGUUUGGAUGUAAUGUAUGUUGUACGUUUGUUAAUAUAGUACAUUUGCGAUGCGUUAUGCGGCAUAGUCGGCGUUAUACUGACGGCGGGCCGCGUCGCCGGCCGCUCCUGCAUUGCGGCGCGCAGUCGCACUCGCUCGCGCAUGACCUUGGCAUUGAACUUGGCAUUGGCUCGGCGCGGCGGGGGAGAGGCGUGGGCGGGGGGCUCCGGGAUGAUGCACUGGCAGCUGCACCGCCCCGCCCGACCCCACCGGCUACAUAUAAACCACCAACCCUUUCGCCAUUUUUAAAGUGCCAGCCUCAUAUAUAA